AUGGCCUCCCCACAUGCCAAGGCCAAAAUCUCGACAGUCAAGCUCUCUAACAAGGCCGCCAGCACGCGUCGCAGCGACGCUCCCCAAGAUUCCACCGAAGGAUCAACAUCAGAGAGUACCUGGGGACUACCAUAUGACAUGGACACUCCAUCUAGUGGCGAUGAAUCGGUUGAGAACGAGGCCAAUUUGAAACUGCUCCCCUUGAAACAAGGGAAACCAACACGAGACCCGCAUCCCUCGAGCUCCAAAUCAACCGACCCGAAUCCCACGAUUGAUGUCCCCGAAGGCGAGCGCGAUUUCUCAAAACGAAUUGAACAGUUUCUGGGCGCGGAUCGCACACCACUUUCGGACUCCUUUGAUACGGACUUAGAGGGGGACUCGGCCAGAACGUCUCUGGCCCUGAGCGACGAUGACUGGGGCCACCCAUCGGACAAGGGCUUGUUGCUGAAAACUGGUGGCGAGGAAGCCAAGGGCUUCAAUUGGAGAGCGCUGUUCCGUUUGCAUUCCUGGUGGAACGUUGCUGCGUUUCUCAUAAUAGCCAUAAUAGUGGUAUGGCUGUCAAUAAGAGGCUUGCCAUGGUCCUCGACUGGCGCAGCAAUCAGUGAAACUCAAACGAUUCCCUGGUACCCUACUCCCCUCGGCGGAACAAGCGCGGAAUGGAAGGAAAGCUAUGUCAAGGCGCAGGAAAUGGUCAGACGGAUGUCUCUUCCUGAAAAGGUGAACGUCACUACUGGAACAGGCUGGCAGAUGGGACUUUGUGUUGGAAAUACAGGACCCGCUGAGCUCGUUGGUUUCCCUUCCCUUUGCCUCCAAGAUGGGCCGCUCGGGCUCAGAUACGCACGCAACAUUACCGCAUUUCCCGCGGGAAUUACAACAGGCGCUACAUGGAACCGCGAAUUGAUGCGAGCUCGUGGGUUUGCUCUCGGAAAGGAAGCGCGGCUGAAAGGUGUGAACAUCAUACUCGGUCCUGCCAUGGGCCCGCUGGGCAUGAUGCCUGCGGGGGGUCGCAAUUGGGAGGCAUUUGGGUCAGACCCCGUUCUGCAAGGAGUGGCUGCAGCGGAAACGAUUCACGGCAUCCAGCGAAACGGAGUCAUGGCCACAGCCAAACACUUUGUUGGGAACGAGCAGGAGCAUUUCCGCCAAGCAUUCGAAUGGGGCACUCCAACUGCCCUCUCAUCGAACAUUGAUGACCGUACUCUGCACGAGGUUUUUGCCUGGCCGUUCGCUGAGAGCGUGCGUGCCGACGUUGCUAGCAUCAUGUGUUCAUACCAGAUGGUCAACAACACAUAUGCCUGCGAGAAUAGUAAAUUACUCAAUGGAAUCCUCAAAGAUGAAAUGGGAUUCCAAGGGUUCGUUCAGUCGGACUGGCUAGCCCAGCGUUCGGGCGUUGAUAGUGCCAUCGCAGGCCUGGACAUGAGCAUGCCUGGAGACGGCCUACACUGGACCGAUGGUAUUCCCCUGUGGGGAGGUGAAUUGACUCGCGCAGCACUGAACACAUCUGUCCCCAUGGAGCGAUUGAACGACAUGGUGACCCGCAUCGUGGCAGCCUGGUACCAUUUCCGACAAGAUUCUUGGGAGCGACCUCCACCAGAUGGAGAAGGCGGUCCAAACUUUUCCUCCUGGACUCAAGAGAGAAUCGGCCGUCUACAUGAAGGCUCACCGGAUAACGAUGCUACCGGGGUGGUCAACAGAUUUGUCAAUGCACAAGGAAGCGGUGCGGACGCCCAUUCCCUUGUGGCUCGUCAGAUUGCUGCAGAAGGCACUGUUCUUCUCAAAAACGUCAACAACACCCUCCCACUCUCACGAGAGGUGACUGGCGCUGGUGGAAAAUACAGGGUUGGUGUCUAUGGCGAAGACGCAGGCCCCGGACAAGGCCCAAAUGCCUGUGCUGACAGAGGUUGUAACCAAGGAACGUUGGCCUCGGGUUGGGGCAGUGGUGCUGUGGAAUUCCCGUACCUGGUGAGUCCAUGGGAGGCACUGCAAGCUGUAUGGUCGAAGGACACAAUUGAUCUUCAAGGUUACUUGACGAACAACGUUGGAUCCCAGGACCUCGCAGAUCAAGAUCUCUGUUUGGUCUUCGUGAAUGCAGAUGGAGGUGAGGGCUUCAUCCGUAGUGAUGGCAUUGAUGCGGAUCGCAAUGACCUUUUCUUGCAGAAGAAUGGCACUGAACUUGUGGAAGGCGUUGCCAAGCACUGCGGAAGUGGCCAAGGCCAAACCGUUGUUGUUGUUCAUUCAAUUGGCCCUGUUGUUAUGGAGUCUUGGAUUGACCUUCCUGGCGUACACGCCGUGCUCUAUGCCAAUCUACCAGGCCAGGAGAGUGGAAACGCUUUGAUAGAUGUGCUUUUUGGCGACGUUGAUGCCAGUGGGCGGCUUCCCUACACUAUCGGCCGAAGCUUGGAGGACUACGGUCCAGGAGCCCAAGUGCUGUACGAGACUCAGGACCCGGUCGUCCCACAAGUCAACCUCAGCCAGGGUCUCUACAUCGAUUAUCGGUAUUUCGACCGAUACAAUAUAACCCCGCGCUUCGAGUUUGGCUUCGGUCUAUCGUACACAACCUUUGACUAUACUGCCGUCAGCAUCGAAAAGCUGCAGAAAAAGACCCAACACCCAUCCAAAAGACCAAAGGACGAAGUCGAGCCACCUGCGUACGACAGCAGACCACCCCACCCUUUCAGUGGUCUGUUCCCUCAAGAAUUCCGCGUUCUUCGCAAAUACAUAUACCCCUACAUUGAUACUACCGAUGGAGCUGGUCCCGGUCCAUACCCAUACCCAGAUGGAUACAAUAAACGCCAAAAAUCAUCCCCCGCAGGCGGCGGACCAGGCGGAAACCCCUCCCUUUACGAGCCUAUGCUCGAACUCUCCGUCGAAGUAACGAACACAGGCACCCGACCCGGCCAAGACGUGGUGCAGGUAUACGUCUCCUUCCCAGAAGAUGUCGCCGAGCACCGCGGGCUGGGUUGGUUGCGCGAAACGAUCGAGUUCCCAGACCGGGUACUACGCAACUUUGAGAAAAUCCUGUUGAAGCCCGGGGAGACGACGACUGUCAAAAUGACGCUGACUCGUAAGGAUCUCAGCUACUGGAGUGUUCGUUCUCAGAACUGGGUGCUUCCCACUGAGGGCAAGUUCCGUAUCUGGGUUGGGAGAAGUUCAAGAGAUCUACCGCUUGUGGUCGAGUUUUAG